AUGGGUUGGAGUCAAAGAUCUACAGGAUAUAAAUAUGAUAGCUUGAACGGGUUUGGUAGCAUAAUUGGCUACAACACUGGCAAAGUUCUCGAUUUCUGCACUAAAAACAGGAAAUGCCGCAUUUGUGAAAUUAAUUUAAAAACGAAAACAAAGAAGGCCCACGACUGUCGAUUGAAUCACCAUGGCACUGCCAAAUCCAUGGAGGCCGAAGGGGCAGUUGACUUGAUCGUGAAUAGCAAAAUUCUUAAAGAUUUGAACGCUCAAGUAGGAGUAUUCAUUGGAGACAAUGACAGCUCCAGUAUUCAUGCUAUACAGGAAUUGGUUGAUUAUACGAUAGUCAAGCAGUCCGACAUCAAUCAUAUUAAANAUAGCAAAAUUCUUAAAGAUUUGAACGCUCAAGUAGGAGUAUUCAUUGGAGACAAUGACAGCUCCAGUAUUCAUGCUAUACAGGAAUUGGUUGAUUAUACGAUAGUCAAGCAGUCCGACAUCAAUCAUACUAGCAACGCGCAUAAAUUCGUUCUUGCUGGUUCAUCACAAGCUAAUGAAAGUUUUAAUAAUACCAUGGCAAGUUAUUGUCCGAAAUCUUAUUCAUUUAGCACUAGUAAGUCUGCAGACUACAGGUAUGCUUGUGCAGUAGCGCACAAAAACUUAGGCAGUGAUUAUAUUUUAAAAGUAUUUGAGAAAUUGAAUUUAACGAGUCGGAAGAAACUGGUUCACUAUUGUAACUACGCCAAAAAGAAGGCAAUCAAAAGACUGACAGUAGCGAGUACACCUCAUUUUAAGACUUUGAGAAAAUUCAACAGUAUUAAAAAAGAGCAACUACGAAAUCAAAAAGAAAGGCAGGCAAAAAAUACGUACAGUUCCAACAUAACGUUGUUAGAUAUUUCUGUUCAGCCUGAAAAUCUAAUUAAAGAAGUUGAUUGUGAUUUAAUUUACAAUACUAAAGAUGUUGCAUACAUUUUUUUUGAUAUUGAAACGGGAGGGUUUUCUUUCGACAAAGAUGUUCUUUAA